AUGGCUGAAUUGGCUCUCCGCGGUCGGGAUCAGCCUGAUAUCCGAGCGAGGAUCAGCAUCCACGAUGACGAGUCUCCGAAGGAUAUGAAAGAACUCCAACUUGCAGAUCAAACACAGAGAGCUUUGCGUUCGAAGCAUUCCUGGACUCCCCCCGAAGCAGUCGGGGCAUUGCAUAGAGCCGCUUUGCGCAAGGCCAGGACGCUUCCUUAUCCUUAUCGACCGAGCCACUUCAGCGACAUCCCCGCCUCGGACGCACUGCCCUGCCCGAUCAUUCGAUCAAACAGCUUGAAUUCCCUGUCGACAAUACAACGAGAAACCGAAGCCGCGUCCUUGAGUCUCUACAGAGGGUCCCCGAUUUCUGCGAUUAGUCCUUCCUAUGCUGCCCCGUCCUGGACAGUCAGUAUCGACGAAGAGCUCCAAGACCCGUGUCCGCCCCGACUCCCGCUGCGCGUAGAGACUCUCAGCCAGCAGCGCAAAGUUCAGAAGCGGCUGAAGAAGUCGUUGAAAAAACAAGAGAAGGAGCAGGCCAAGGCUCAAAAGGAAGAAGAGCAACUACGUCGAGCAUUCCUGGCCGCUGAUGUCGCCGCUGCACGAAGGAAAGAUGCGGCAGCCCGGGGAGAGUCACUUCCUCUACGCACAAAGAGCACCAGGAGCAUUGCCUCACAGGUUGUCAAGAGCUUGAGCUUCAAGUCCCAGCUGAGCAAACUGAGUCGCCACGUCAGACGGGACAAGGCCGAACCGCCAACUCUGGAUGACUUUGACAGCAAGUCGGCCAUCCGAGAGUAUCUCAAUCCCUCGCCGCCGCCCCCACCAGCAUCCCUAUCUCCUCCGUCAGCGGGGAUAGCGGAGCUGCCUGCCGAGCUUCCCCAGUACACGCCCUUCCAAGACUCCACAAGGACCCAAGACAAUGAACCUGUUGCGCUUCUGGCAGACGCGUAUCCGGCAAAAGAAAAGGAUCUUGUUGCGUCGCCUGUUACGGAAAAUAACCCGGAUGCCACUAGUUCUCAGCCAAAAGCGAAGUCGAUGAGAUGCGACUCGUGCCAGAGCCCGAUCCGCUUGAGCCAAGUGUACUACCACUGUUCGAUCUGUGACGAUGGAGACAGAAUACUUUGCUCUUCAUGUGAUCAGGCUGGCUGGAGCUGUCGGCACGACCUGACGGAGAAGGUGCGCAGUGUAUCUCGCCCUGACGCUGGGGAGAAGACAACUGCAUCCGACGUGAUCAGAAAACCCAGCCGGUCAGAAGCCGAGCAAUAUGCUGCAGCUAUGUGGGGAUUGAAGAUGCCAGGUGUCUCUGCCCGUUCAAGUCGGUGGACCGAGUCGCCCAUGGAAGCCACGAUAUCGGCAGCAAGCCCCUGGGCCUUCAAUGACAUUGUUGAGCAGAACAAGGUACAGGCGGCUGAAACAAGGGACAUGUCCACUCAGCAGCCUUCGGAGGACGCCAGAGAGCUGGACUAUCGCCGGCGCGAAUUGGAGAUGGAGUUCCGCGACAGACAGAUCGCCGUGCGGGAGAAAGAGACCGCCUUACGGGAGCAACAAGCCUCAUUCAGAGAGCAAGAGGCCGCACUCCACGUCAAACAGCAGAUGUUCUCACUGCAGCUGGAAACCGCAAUCGCAAGACAGAUGACCGAACUGUCUACUGGCGUGGGGACACAGUUUGAGAAUCUCUCGCAGCAUGAUGGAAUUCGGACGCAUGCCACCAAGCGCAAGGCCGGGGCUGGGCAAGCCAUGGUCUCACCCGCUAAUUCCACAAGUUCAGAUCAGAAGCAGUCGCCAAAGCGUACCCCAAGCCGUGGCCAAGAUGCAGAGGAGGAUGAUGAUGAAGAUGCGCCCGGUGGCACGCCCAAAAAGAUCAAGCAAGAAUCAGAUGCCCUUCAGACUCCCGAGAAGCUCUUCGCCUGCCCGUUCUGCAAGUUCGACAAAUCAAAGUACUCCGAGCAGAACGUGCAGGAGAAACAGUAUCGUGGAUGUUCGAGCGGAUACUGGCCAGACAUCUCGCGCCUGAAGCAACAUCUUUACCGAGUCCACUGGCGACGCAUUCAUUGCACCCGCUGUUAUGCUCGCUUCGAGCGCAAGGAUCAACUAGACCAGCACCGCAGGGCCGCAAGCUCCUGCGCUUUGGUCGAUUGUCCAUAUCCAGAGAAGUUCGAUGAGGCGCAAUACAACGAGAUUCGCCGUAAGCGACCAGCAAGCACCCCUGAACAGGUCUGGUACACUAUCUACGGAAUCUUGUUCCCCGACCUGCCGCGUCCGGCAAGUCCUUAUGCAGAUAAUGUGGAUAUGCCGUUCGCCGUCAGCCCUGGCCCGACAGAUACACGAGACACGAUGGACGUGCUAGGAGAAGUAUUCGAAUCUCGUCUGGACCGUCUCACCAACGCACCGGGCCAAGGUUGGCUCCAGUCCGCCGAAGCAAGGCAACUCAUCCGAGAGCAGUUGAGGGCGUCCAUGACGGACGUCCUCCACAGGCUGAGGCCUGCGAACAGUCCUUCUUUGGGAAACCCUUCUGGGGAUGUCUCACCGAUUUCAGCUGGGGCACCAGAGUCGGCACGGCGCAGCUCUAUAUGUCUCACGACACCAGCGUCUUCAAUUCCACCCUCUCCUGUUCAUGGCCCGGGUUCAGCCAAUAGAACUGGGUCGGAUAUGCAUUUCCUUUCACCGGGACAUCGCCAGAGUUUUAGCAGACCUUUCUCGGCCAGAACUGUGCCACAGCUUUCUACGCCACAACCACCUCAGAAGAUCGGGUUUGGGGACGAGCUGACAUCUGCGGUGACAUUCCCCGUACCUAUGAUCAUUGACCCUGAGAAUGACAGAUAUGACGAGGAGUGCAGCAGUUGGAGCCAUGGGGACGAGCGAGGUCUUGCUAUAUCGACCGAUUCGAUGCCAGCGGAUUUCAACUUCGACUUUGCAGCGGCAUUCGAGGAUCUACACAGAACGGAGAUGGGGUCGGCAUCAGCUGCUAUGCCCGAAUUCACUCCAGUCAAACUUGCUAGUCUCGACGACCCGGCGGCUCAACCGUCUAAGGGCUCCAGUGCUCUGAAGCCCAAGCACUCGACCACGUCAUCUGUCGAUUCCGGCUACGGCAGCCUCGGCCAUGCAUCGUCUUCAGCCUCAGCUUCCACCUCAGUGUCAUCAUCAUCGGUGACAGGUUCUUGUCCGAAGACGGCUCAACACGGCAAGAACAAGGGCAAGCGGAAGGCGGCGCAAGCAGCAAGAGAACCAACUCCUGUGCCAGAGUCGGCAAUCAAUUACGAUGCUUUGGAGGUUCCCUUUCAGGAUUUUUCGGGCGUCAAUCUGGACUUGGACUUGGAGGAGCACCUCGGGCAGUAUGGCGUCGAUUUUGGACAUUUCAGCGGUGGUGGCAAUGUGAAUGUAAAUACGGGUGCAGCCAAUGUUUCGGCGUACUUGGACAGGAGGUAUCCCCGCGUCGUCCAAGAGGCGGGAGGAGGGAGGUAG